UGCACAACAGCAGUCCCAGGCAGAUAUGGCGAAGUUCCACCAGAUGCCUGCAAUUCCAACUACUUCUAUGAUCCUAGUUUCGGUGCAAAUAUCGCGUUCGCGGCGCUCUUUGGGUUGACGUCUCUGGCUCAUAUUGUCGAAGCAUGUAUCUUCAAAAAGAGGUUUUGCUGGGUGGUGAUCAUGGGGUCGCUUUGGGAGGUGGCUGCAUUCAUCUUGCGGGCACUUGGUGCGUGGAAUCAGCAGAAUCUGGGUUAUCUAAUAGGAGGGAAUCUAUUCUUCCUCCUGGCUCCACUGUGGAUCAAUGCUUUCGUAUACAUGACGGGUGCGAGGCUAAUUCACUUCCUCGUGCCCGAGAAGCGGAUUUCUUUCGUCAAAGCGAGCUCCAUAUCGAAGUACUUCAUCUGGCUUGACAUCUUCUCAUUCCUCAUCCAAGGGGUGGGUGGCUCGAUGCUCUCAGACACGGAUGACACGGGAGGCACCCAAACGACCCGUAUUGGUCUGAUCGUCUACCGGGUCGGGAUAGGCAUCCAAGAACUGUUUAUUCUAGGGUUUUUUGCGGUCACGAUUCAGUUCCAUCGACAGACAGUGCGGCUCGAAGAGAUGGGCCUGGUCAGCCCUAACAUCAAAUGGCGCGCUCUGACAUGGGCGAUGUAUGUGGUGCUAGUCCUGAUCACCGUUCGCAUCGUAUUUCGCAUCGUUGAAUUCAGUUCUGGCGUAUCAGACGACAACCCGCUACUUUCACACGAAGGGUUUGUGCUAUGUCUCGAUGCUCUUCCGAUGGUGCUUGCGCUUCUGCUCACGAACGUGGUACAUCCGGGAAUGGUUUUGAGAGGUCCCGAGUCUGAAUUUACAAGACUAACUAGGAAGGAGAAAAAGGCAUUGAAGAUGGAGAAGAAGGAGGCGAAGAAGGCGAGAAAGGAAGCCAAGAAGGCUAUGAAG